CCCAACGAACCCCGUUGGCGAAGAUAAGAUAAGCGAACGUUGGAUAUAAACAGUACGGCCCUACCGGUUCAGUACAUUCAGUGCUGUGCUUUGCGUACUGUUCGAUACGUUUCCAUUCUGCUCUACGAGAAAGCUUCAGUUGGGCGAGAUGAAAUUCGCCACCGUAUUUGUUGUGUUGGUAGCUGUGCUGGGAAGUUGCUAUCUGGUCACGGCCCAGACGCACAACUAUUUCUUCGGAGCACGCGUCCCGUACGAUAGCCUCGUCAAUCAGACCACCGUGAUCCAGUCGAGCUCGUUCCUGCGCGUGAAGUCGCUCAAUGUCGACUAUCCGAUGAAGGGACAGCGGGGCCGCAACAUUACCGCCAUCUACGUGUACGAUCGGCUCGGUGGAGGCCGUGGUGGGUACGCUAGCAUCACGAAAGGAGGAAUCGGACAGAACUUUACCAGAAUCAAUCUGAAGACGCAGCGCGGCAAUGGCAUGAACUUCCAGGUGGAAAUCUAUGGCCGAUAAACGGGAAGGACACUGGAUCCGUUCGACAGUAUUGUGUGCAAGAUGAUAAAAGGAAAAGAAAUAGAUGAUAUCCGUCGAUGACGAUUUUAACAUCA